UUCAUUUCCAGGAACCCCUCAAAGCAUCAAUUCUCUGUAUUUGCUCCUUCCGUCUUGCAAGUCAACUCUCUCUCAUUGGCUUCUUUCUUUUUCCGUUCUCGGUCUGCCUUUGUGCUCAUGCCAGAGCAGACGCACAACCCCUUCCCUUGAAGGAUUCAAGCAUUCUUCUGGUAAAACUAUCUCAGAAGUCAGAAGCUCUUCUUCUCCUUUCUCAGACCUUUCUUUUCUGGCUUUUGCUGCUGUUUAAAGCUUCGUGGGUCAACUUUCAGCCUACUCAUGAAGUGACUUUCUGAAGAUUUGUCUCUGAUUCAUGCUCUCAAAGCUCAUCUUCAAUCUCGAGCUAAAGCUUGAUCCAGAUUCUUGGGCUAAAUUGUAAUCUAGUACUGAUGGAUAAUGCAAACGAAGCAUCAUCAUCCUUGAGCUUUGCAUCAUCUUACUUAUCAAAUGGAUCAAGUUAUCCCAACAUAUCUGCCUGCACUAGCCAUGAGCAUGUGGCAAAUCUUGACAACUUGAGCCUCAGUAAGUUGAGCGGAAGCCUUGAGAAGCUACUGAUAGAUCCUGAAUAUGACUAUAGUGAUGUUGAUAUUGUUGUUGAGGACAAACCUGUGGGUGUUCAUAGGUGUAUGUUGGCUUCACGUAGUCAGUAUUUUCAUGAACUUUUUAAGAAAGGAAAUGAUGGCUCAGUGAAGGAAGGUAAGCCAAGGUAUCUCAUGUCAGACCUGGUGCCUCACGGCAUCGUUGGUUAUGAAGCCUUCCUUGUUUUCUUGCACUAUUUGUACACUGGAAAGCUGAAGGCAUCACCACCAGAAGUAUCAACAUGUGUUGAUGAAACGUGUGUACAUGAUGCAUGCCGGCCUGCUAUUAACUAUGCUUUAGAGCUAAUGUAUGCUUCUGCCACAUUUCAGAUGAAAGAGCUUGUUUUACUUGUUCAGCGGCGUCUCCUCAAUUUUGUUGAGAAGGCUCUUGUAGAAGAUGUGAUUCCUAUUCUUAUGGCAGCCUUCCAUUGCCAACUGGACCAGCUUCGGUCAAACUGCAUCCAAAGAUUAGCAAGAUCUGACCUUGAAAACACAACUUUGGAUAGAGAGCUCCCACCUGAAGUUUUUGGUGAAAUCAAAUCACUCCGACGCAAAGAUCUGACAGAAUCUACUCCUGAUGCAAUGGAAGUGGAACCUUCAAGUGAAAAAAGUAUUAGGAGGAUCCUUAAAGCAUUGGACUCUGAUGAUAUUGAGCUGAUGACUCUUCUUUUGAAGGAGUCUUGUGUCACACUAGAUGAUGCUUAUGCCCUACACUAUGCCUGUGCCUAUUGUGAUCCUAAGAUUGUUAAAGAAGUUCUUAAUCUUGGGUUUGCUGACAUAAACCGCACAAAUCCUCGAGGUUAUACAGUUCUUCAUGUGGCUGCAAGGCGGAAAGAUCCAACAAUUUUGGUGGCACUGUUGACUAAAGGGGCCUGUGUAUCAAAUAUCACAUCAGAUGGACAGACGGCUGUUGCAAUUUGUCGGAGGAUGACAAGACCCAAGGAUUAUAAUGAGCAAUCUGUGCAGGGGAAGAAAUCUAACAACGACAAGCUCUGUGUUGAUCUCCUGGAGAGAGAAAUGAGAAGAAUUUCAAUGUCUGUGAAUGCAACUGUUUCACCAGAGUUAAGCGCUGAUGAUUUGCACAUGAGACUUGAUUAUCUGGAAAACAGAGUUGCUUUUGCUCGGCUGUUGUUUCCUGCUGAGGCUAAAGUGGCCAUGGAUAAUGCUGAGGCAGAGUCGACACUAUAUGCAAACCCAUCGAGGGGCUCAAGUUGCCACCUAAGAGAAGUUGAUCUAAAUGAAACUCCUUAUAUGAGAAACAGAAAACUUCAGUUAAGAUUGCAAUCCCUUAUGAAAACAGUUGAGAAUGGCCGGCGAUUCUUUCCGCACUGCUCUGAGGUUCUUGAUAAGUUUCUCGAUGACGAUAUGCCGGAUAUUUUCUUCCUAGAGAAGGGUUCAGAACAAGAGCAGAGAAUCAAGAAACAACGCUUCAUGGAGCUUAAAGAGGAUGUGCAGAAGGCAUUUCACAAGGACAUGGCUGAAAACAAUGGUUCAGGUUUUUCCUCCUCUGUUUCUUCCUCAUCAUCCUCAUCUAAGAAAGGAGGUCUCAGCAGCCAAAGAGCGAGGAAGAAGUGAAGUCCAUGUAUUAAUUUCUAGAGUGAGACCCCAAGCUGAUCAUGUAGCUUUAGCUUCUCUGUAUUAGUGCAAGUGUAACAACAGUACUAUAUUUUUGCCGCUGAACUGCUAUUUUCACAUAAAUGAGAUCCUUUACAUUUGCACAGUCAUAAAUUAGGAGAGUUAAAUAAGAACACAGGAUUGCGUAUAUAUAAUACCCAUCCUAUCCUCUUCCUCUCUGGGAUUAUGACUGUAGAGGAUCUCAAUUCAUGUUGAAUUAGGGUUUUGAUUGAUGAUGAUGAUUUUGGCUAGAAGGAUGUACUUGAAAGUAGUUUUAUGAUCACUUAGCAUAUGUAAAAUGUAUCAUUCCUCUAGUCAUCAAGUUCAUUAAGUUGAUGGUUCACUUGAACUUAUAAAGUAGUCAUUGAGAUGAACUUGACAGUUUGUGUAUAUUGAGUUUGUGGUUUCUGCUAAGUGGGUUAGCAAUAAUAUGAUCAAGAUGUGGGUUUCUGUGUU